UAUGGCUAGAAAAUAUGGCAGCACCCAUAUGAUACAUGUGCGAAUAAACACGCGGUAAUGGAUGAUGCGGCCCUCAAGCCGAGAAAAGCGAGCAAGCGAAUCUCGCAGAAUAAGAAUGAAACGCCGACGAAAAAGGCGAGAAUCAAUGGGUUUAUCGAGGAAGAACUUAAAUGUGAUGUAGAUUCAGAAGAAAACGACACAAAAAAUAUUACUUGCGAGAAAUGGGACGAAUUUAACGGACGAUCUCUGAGAGUACUUCUCUCCUCAUCUGGCGGCUUAGACGCUCUGAGAAAGUUCGUAACGAUAUGCAACGAGGACAAGGAAAGGGACCUUGCAGCGGAGUACUUGCUCGCUGGUGGUGGUGUUCUCGAAGUUCUGAGACUAUUAGAGUUCUCUGACAAAAAAAAUACUAUUAAUGCCAUCACCGUUUUUUCUGCAAUUAACAUCUUACUCAUGAAGAUAUUGGCAGAAUAUCCUCAAUACCAGAAUAAUGCAGUGGAAGCAUGUCGUCACUUGUUGAAUUCAUACAUGUCUAUUAUACAUUCAAUGCUUUCAAUUCAAAGCAAUAUCAAGCAGCGUAAAGUGGUAUUGAAACUGCUCACAGCGGUAGUGUCAUUGGAUAAUAGUUUAUCCAGAGAGUUACUUGCACAUCUAUCACUGCAACGAAAUGUAUUAGAGAAUCUAACACAACACAACAAGCCCACGGAUCCUCAAAAUGUCAGAACAUGUUUCAUCCAUUUUAUUCUUGCUUUUCUUGUGGAGAGAGAUUCAUCAGUGAUUAAAACAUUGUUGGAUAAGCGUAGUUUACUGUCCUGCAUCUUCUCAGAUUUGUUGUAUGAUUCCAAGGACAUUGUUACUCUGAUUCUGACCACUGUGAAGACAUAUGUUUUGGAGAACACUAGCAUCACCAAAACAAUAAAACUACAUGUAUUCUCUACAUCUGUUGUACUCAAUUUAAUAUCGCUGUAUAACUGGAAAGGCCCAACCAAAUGGCCCAAAAAUAAAACUCGCUAUCCUGAUGAGAGCGAUGACUUUCUAGCAGACAAAGAGAUCGUUAAUGAUGCAGUUCAUGCAUUUUUAAUUACCCUACUGACAUCACAUCGUUAUGGAAUUAUUUUCCACGAUCGAACAUUGGGUGGUUCACAAAAUAAGCACAAUCAGCUGGUGCAUACAGUUCUUCAGAAUCUGGAGAAACCUUGGGAACAUGAAAAGCCGUCGGACUUAGUUAUCAAAAUAAUGGGGGCUUGCCCGGAUUUAAUACGUUCGCAAUAUGGUGUCAUUGAACCGUUUCUCGAACCCCGUGUGUCGCCCAAAUGGAUUUGUCUUCUCAGAUUUGUAAAAAAGAUAAUCGAAUCGCUCGAUCCAGUCAGUUGCAUCAAGACUUGUACUAUGGAAUUAAAUGUAAAUAGAUUGAUAAACACGCUAUUGUCUUUGACAGUUCCGGAUAUAAUUAUAAAAAGCGCUAUCUUGCCAGGAUUAAGUCACAGCAGUCUGCUUGUCAGACAUGAGAUCUUGUCUCUUCUUCUAGCAAUGACAUCUCAGUUGAAAAUCAUUUGCUCUACCUUAAAAGACUUCCACAAGACGUUCAUAGUUCAAAACCAGAUAACGGAUUUUAUUUUGAGGAUUAUUCCCAACUUGGAAAUGAUCAUAAAAGUAUGGAACCAAGCCUUUGAAGUUGAUGCUAAUAUGAUAAAUUCGGAAAACACUGAAAAUAUUCACAAUCCCGAUUUGUUAGAUCAUCUCGAUGUCAUCUUGAACGUUCUUCAUUCGUACAAAGAUAUAUGCCCAGAAUUGCUAGAUAAUUCAAUGAAUUUGCAGCCAAAUGUACUUCUAUCAAGCUUAAAUAAUCUCCAGGAUGGUGAAGAAGAGGAUGGAGGAGCCAAAUUAACAAAAGUAAACUGCAUGAAGGUGAAAGCAAUACAAUUUCUGCUCGCCUUGGACUCUUCCAUCUUCGCACCUAGAGAGAAAGCUUUCAAAGAAGCUCUUCCCUUUUUGUUAUCUCAGAUUCAUCAAACAGUAUCACCAGAAAGUUAUGAUACUACUAGAAUGUUACUAAACGCGACAGGCCUGUUUGAAACCUGUGAUGACGAGCUGGAUAUUUGGAUUAAUGGUUUCUUGAUAAUAAUCGAUUCUAAAGAGAAGGAGGAAUUGACACACUGGUUUAUGUCCGUUUUAAAAAGUUGCACCAGACACACUGAUAAAUAUAUAAACAACAUAACGCAAGCAGAAGAAACAUUAAACGACCAGGUGGCUAGUCUCGAUGUAAAAGCAGAAGAUAUAAUUAAUGAGUUAUUUGAUAAAGCCAAUAAUAACCCAAAUCCUUGUAAAGAAGAAUUUGGAGUAGAAUCAUCUUUAAUUAAUGGAAAAUUAAAUUUUGAUGUAAAGAGAGAUAAUAUAAUUAAUUAUAGCUUCAAUAAACUCAACGAAGGAAACUCGAAAGUUGCCAUUAAACAUAAUGAUAAAUACAUAAUGCAGAGGAAUGAGCAAAUGACUAAUUUUGAAGAAGUGAAGAAGAUCGAAAAUGAGAUCAAUCGGUUACUUGAGAAGGUCAAUUCCAUUAGCUUUCUUUCUAAUACUAAUGGCCACUCUCUCCCUUUGAAUAAAGUUUUCUCUGCAUCAGUGACAACUUCAAUUAACGACCUUACUAAUUUUGAUAAAAUCACUGAUGAUGUGAUCAAUCAUCCCUUCAACAAGUUUAGCAAAGAAAAUCUUAACCCUUGUAAAAUGCAAGCUUGUACGUUGGUGUCGCCGCUCUUAUGCUGCGCUUUUGAAAAGAUCAGAGCAAGAAAUUAUUCCACUGUCGUCUUGAAUUAUUUAUCUUAUGUGACAAUUCACACUCUACAUUAUCAGAUUGUUCCGGAUGUAUUGGUUCAUAUAGCGAUAGAUAUGACCGAUUUGCCGAUCUAUAAAUACUUAAAAAGUUGGUCGAGUAACGAGCGACCAGUUGCCUUAAAAAAUAAGCUUUCAUCUUUGAAGUUAUGGCAUAAAUUGAGCAAUAUGUUGCUAAUGAAUUCCGAGGUAGACAUAACUAAUUUUUUCAAGCUGUCUGGCAAUGAUCACUUAUGCUGUUUUAAAUAUGGCAACAAAGAAAUCAUUAUUAAACACUCUUUGUCUUUGUAUGAUAUCAAGGCUUUGCUAAGGAUGACUGUGUUUUAUUUAGCACAGUUAGCUCAGGGAAGAAUCUUACAACAGAUCCAAAACGAAAACUGCAAAAUCUUGCUUAUUUCUCUAUUAAAUAUUGCAAAAUCUAUGAAUUUAAAAAGCGUGGAGAUACUCGAAGAAAACAUAAAAUGUAUCUUUACGCAUCCUAUUCUGUUGCAUUAUUUCUCGCCAUUUUGUGGAGAAGCAUUCAAAGAUUCGACCGAAGAUAUGAUAACUCGAACUAUUCUAGAGCUCUGUGAAGUUGUGUCUUUUUUCGAGAAACAUGAUGGUGUAGAAGCCUAUAAUAUCUUCUUCGCAUUUAGAAAUAAAUUCCUUGCUCAAUUGGAAAACAUUAUUGAAAAAGUUCCUUUGGAAACUUGCAGUAAUAAUUAUGACAUAGCAUUAUUGAAAGUAUUGCAGUUGAAGGCGCAAGAUAUUGCGAGUUUGCUACUUGCUUUGACGAAACUGGAGAAAAUUGUAUUUAUCUCAAAUGAUAAACGAAAUCUGUCUGUAUUCGGACAUAUUGUUCCAAUAUUGUUGGAUAUGUAUUGCAGUGAGCAGUCAAUAUUGCAGUGUUAUCAAUGUAAUGCAUUGAACGAACAGUUUAUAGAAAGAUUGAGCCUAUACCUGGUGCAUCUGAAAUCUAAUAAAAUACAAUGCGUAGAAAAAUGGGAACAAGCUUUGACAAAAUACUUGUCCACCUUCCCACAUAAUAUUGCUGGUAUCAGUACUGACACUUUUGCAUUAUUGUUAACGAAGGGCAUUACUGCAUCUACGAUUCAAUUGAUAGCGAUCUUAAUCAUUAAAAAUACCAGACUAAUUCCAUCACUGAUGAAAUAUCUUCUCAAGAUGGAGAAUGUGAAGCAAGGAGAUAUCGUAUUUCCAAUAUUGGGUAGCAACCUAAAAUACAAGUGGACCGAAAGAUUUCUUCAAAGUCUUUACAAAUGUUAUGGCGGUGAUAUUGCUGCAUAUCUAACUGAGCCACAAAAUCCUGUUUCCUGGAUCGAAGAAAACGCAGCAGCAAUCGCCUAUCUCAUCGAGAACACUUUCGAUCGUCCUUUAUGUGAGAAAACUUGUGACAGUAUUUCCCAAAACGGCGAUAAAUUGGACAUGGUGUCCAUUUAUUUCGUGCAGUUGUUGGAAAGUCUGUACAGGAGAUAUGAAAAUCUGAUAACGGUCAAAGAAAAGCCUUUAACCGAUCUGAUAUUGAUAUUAUUGCAUGUAAUGACCUCAACGCUGAAGAAGGAGUCAAAGAACAUAGAAAAGAUCAAAGUAUUAUGCGAGAAGCUUAACAAUACAGUGGUUUGUUUAAAGAAAAUUAAAUGCGACUUCAUCUUCAGUUUACUAAGCAAAAGUUACUCGUGGCCGCAAUUUACCAGAUUCUCCUUAAAAUUAGGUUUGAAAGAUGCUAAGGAUGACGAGAUUCAAUCGAAUAUAUUGAAGAAUUUGAGCAAUUUAUGCGAUAUCGCGUACGAAGAUAACGAGAAUGACGAAUAUGUGAAGACCUUAUUCGAAAUGACGACGUCUCAUUCAGAGUUUGUUAACGUUAUGCUCGGUUCGUCCACUGUUAAAGACAAUCUGGUCGAAUUACUCAGGAUACUCAUUCGAAAGAAUCAAUCGGUGAUAACUACCUCGCACGUGCCUCUUUAUCUCGCGGCUUACAACGCCACUCUCAACAAUGCCGAUCAGCGCAUUUUGAAGAUUCUUCGGUAUUAUGAGGCUCAUGGCGUUAAACUUCAACAAUACUGGCCAUAUUUAUGGGGAAACGCGGCGGCAACGCGUUACAGUGUAAAGGGAGAGACAGAUACUGUCCUUUGGAGACAACCUUCCACUUCCGAGGUUUUUAACUUGUUCGAUAAGGAUAUUAUCAACGAGACUAUAAGAAAUUAUCCCAUAUAUAGAACGUUGGAAGCUGAUGAGAUACAUGACAACAGCAAAGUAUACGAUCCAGCAUUUUAUCUGCCGUUGCUGUGUUCUUUAUUAGCGGAAAACAACGUCAUUGCAUGUCACAAAAUAAAUCAGAGCGGCAUAUUAGCAUUGGUAUUUGUCGCGUGCUGUAGCGAUUCGAGUGAUAUUCGGUUGGCAGCAUACACCAUCAUUUCUAGAUAUUAUUUCCACUUGGAAGUAUCUAAAUCGAAAGAGAAAUUAUUAUGGAUGCGUCUGAUCGAUGCUUUACGAAAUGGCAUCAUAUUCCUAAAGUGUCCAUUAAAGAAUGUUCGACUGAGUUGCCUGGUGACCACCUUCCUCGCCAGGGCUUCGUUGAUCGCCGGUCAAUCUCUGCAUCCGCUUUACUCGGCAUUGCAUACCUUCCUAAUGGCCAAACCUGCGUUGGAUUUAAACACCAUACCAGAACUGUUGCAGUUAUUGCACAGUUCACACGUAGAGCACCAUGCGCAUCGGCACUGGAUCCUAGAGAACAUUCGGGACGGCAUGAGAAAGGAGAGCGAUGUAGAUAUAGCUCUGAAAUGCGUAUUGUUCAGGAUGCUUCUAGAUUUUUACAUUUGCAUACUAUCAGACACCAAGACUAAGAAACUGAUCUUGGAAGUGAUCGCCUCUACUACCAAAAUUCCCAAGGCAGCCUUGCUCCUCGCACGAGGAUACGGUAUACUUCCUUGGCUGCACGAAAUUAUUCACCGCGACGAGGACGUUUGUGAGACGGAAAUUGGAACUAUUAUUAGUAUAAUUGAAAAUCUACUGAAUAGCUUCGACAAUUCAACAGAGAACGUUACUCAUUACAAAUUUCUAUUAUUUAGGAUCCUUCUGCGAUUAAAAGCAUAUUCAAGACAAACAUAAAAUUUGCGUCAUUUAGUUGCACUUUCUUGCAAUUUCCGUGAUUGGAACAGAAAUGUAUAAUAUUUGAGAAUAGACAAAUGGAAAAAAAUAAAGUGCAGGAAAUGCAAUUAAAAUAAAUAAGUCUGUUGUAAAUUCAAUUUCUCUACGAAAUAAACAAUUAC